AUGAAGGCGUUUAUUUUUGUCUUUUGAAUAGUGCUCCUCGGCUCCGCCGUUGCGCAACAGAAACAACCUUGGCUUAAUGACACUGAUGAAGAAGAUAACCCAUGUUUGGAACAAUUAAGAACCAUCUUGUCCCCUGAAGGAGCUGGAGAUUUGCUUAGUAUGGCUCUAAACACUGGGAAAGGAAUCAACCAGUUGGGAGAUUUUGAAGCUUGUCAUAGCGAGGGUCUUGAUUAUAUCCUAUUUUCUGUUAUUAUGGAGGAUACUAACUUUUCGAUUGCCAAGCUGGGCAUUUGCAGUCCUAGAGAAUGUAAUUCUGCAGAAAAGUAUGGAGAUAUUUCAAAUCUUAUCUUAGAAAAAGCUAGAUCAAUAAUGCCUCCUGAUACUAAAUUAAAGACUUCUGUUGAAGUUUCGAGAGAAAUCUUAGCUGAGCCGAUGUCCUCUGGAGCUAUUGUGGUUAUAGCCCUUAUUUGUUCGAUUAUGCUCCUCUGGAUUCUUGGAAUGAUAGUCACUUAUACUAACUUUGGGAACAAAAGUAACCCGAUCUCACAGAGAAUAGAGGAUAGGAAACAAAAGUGGGCUUUAGCUCUUCAUUCCUUUAAUCCUUAUGAAAACGUCAGUAAAUUAUUCACAGUUAAAGAAGGAGGUGAUAGGACCCUCCAAGUUCUAAAUGGAGUCAGAGUGUUGAGCAUCUGCUGGGUUAUACUUGGACACUCAUUCUCAUUCAUUUUCUUCUACCCAGUUGUCAACAGUAUGACAGCCGGGGAGAUGUUCAACAAUGAACUCUUCUCAAUCAUUGCAGCUGGAGUGUUUGCUGUAGACACUUUCUUUUUCCUAUCUUGAUUCCUCACUUUUGCUUUGUUAUUAGCUAAUCUGUAUCCAAAAAGAGGAAGAGUCGGAAUAGGCAACUACUGCCUGAUUUAUUUCCAUCGAUACUAUAUACUUAUCUUCCCUCUUGUGUUCGUGCAGCUUUUCACCAUGUUUUUAGCGAGAUAUAUUGGAAGUGGACCCUAUUACAGACAAACUUGGGAUAAGUUGAAUGUAGCAUGCUUCAAAAACCCAUGGCAAAACUUCUUAUUUAUUGCUAAUUUUUACCCAUGGCAGCUGAUUGAUACUUGCAUCAUAUGGGUGUGGUUCCUGAUGAAUGAUAUGCAAUUCUUUAUUUUAAGUCCUCCCAUUAUCUUCUUGUACUGCAUGAAUAAGAAAAUUGGCAAGCUUAUCCCUCUCGUAUUGGUAAUCAUUUCGAUGAUUGUCAAUGGGGUGUUUACCGCAAUCUGGGAUGUAUCAAUCUUUUGGGUGUCUGAAGACGGUCCUGAUAUGCAAAGUCUUAUGUACAACAAACCUUGGAGCAGAAUGGGUGCUUACUUUGUAGGAGCUUUAUUUGGAAUCUCUUACUUUGAAGCAUUUAAUGCUCAAAAAUAUUCUGAACUAUCACACACUGUGUUUAGUAGGAUUUAUACCUUCUUGAGAAACUCAAGGAAGGCUUCUCUUGUAUCCUUUGUGAUAGGUCUUGCUUUGACAGCAAUCUUUGUGUUUCCACAAGCAUCUUAUUUUAGAAGUUGCGGGAUUGGAGGACUCUAUGGAAACCUCAACUGUUGGCCACUGCUCCCAUCGGUCUUGUUUAACGUAUUCUCGAGACCUCUCUUCGUGACAGGAGUUGGUCUAAUUUUGGUGCCAACCUUUGUGGGAAGACUCAGAGUAAUCAAAGGCUUCUUGUCUGCAGAUAUCUUCCAGGUACUCGCGAGACUUAAUUACGUAGUAUACUUAAUCCAUUGUGUUUUUCUUUUCCAUUUCUUUAAUGAUAUGAGAUCAGGGAUGUAUAUUACAAUUUUGACGCAGUUCUUCACAGGGAUUGGAGCUACAGCCUUCUCAUUCCUAUUCGCUAUUCCUGUAACCAUGCUAUGAGAGGUCCCAUUUAUGAACCUUGAAAAGUACAUUUUAUUCCCAAAAAAGAAUGGCUCUACUAAACCAGAAGAACUUGAAGGAGAUAAACCAGAAAGAUUAGAGAAAUUUUACAAGCUCAGUGAUCCGGAAGAAGCUGAAGAGAAAGCCAAAUCUAUGCUAUUUGAUAACACAGCUAAUUCUUCCACACAGAUAAACUAGGAGCUUAAUCUUUACCC